AUGCUGUUUCCUCAGGGCGACAACAAUAAUUAUACCUUUGCCAUCGCUGGCCUUGUCGCGAUAGUCUCACUCGCCGCAUGGUCAUUCACACGGCAUGACUCUCGCGAACCACCUCUCGCGCCAGUGUCACUCCUGUAUGUCUCCCACAUCAUCGGGCUUAGCCGCGAGACCUACAACUACUAUGUGAAUCUUAGCAAGAAGACCUCAUCCCCGAUCUUCACGGUUAACCUCCCCGGCCAAAAGAUGUAUGUGGUCACCAACGCCGACCUGGUUCAAAAGGUUCAGAAGCAAUACGAUUCAAUUGCGUUCCCUCCACUCGCCGCAGCAUUCUCAACCUCAAAGAAUCCUGCCCUCUACUGCUUUCGACCUACCAAGAGGUCCUUCGCUAUUUCCAUGUUGGAACUCUCGGUGCCAUGGUCCAGAUGCCCUCUCGCACCAUCCACCAUCGACCCAAAUGUGUACGGGCCAAACGCCUCAGACUUCGUCCCCCGCCGAUUUCUCCCUUCUGAGAAGAAAAACCGUCCCAAAGAUCACUGUUUCCGUGGUUUUGGUGGUGGUAAGCAUCUAUGUCCGGGGCGACAUUUUGCUACGAACGAGGUUCUUGCUAUGGCGGCGGUGUUUAUUGCUAGAUUUGACAUGGACCCUGUGAUGGGAAAGUGGGAGAUGCCGACGGGUUUCAACUCGGGUUCUGCAGGGCAGAUAAUGGAGCCGGAUCAUGAUGUUGAGGUUGAUUUGAGGACGAGGGAUGGGUUUGAGGACGUGGUGUGGGAGCUGAGGCUCAAGACAAGCGACAAGAUCUUUGCUAUCGUGACGGAGGACAUGGAUGAGAAUUAG